AUGAAAGAGCGACUUUUCGCUCAAUCAGAUAUCGACGAAUGUGCGUCCGGAAGGCAUGAGUGCCCAUCGAAACUUCCGAAGUCCGUCUGUGUAAAUACGCCUGGCAGCUACGAAUGCGUUUGUGGCCCAUAUCGACGCCUUAAUCGGUCAUCGUGCGAGGAUAUCGACGAGUGCCUGGAGGAAACAGAAAGUUGCGGAAAAAACACAAAGUGUGUCAACCAAGACGGAGCAUCACCUCUCUGCGUGUGCUUGGAAGGCUACGAAGGGAACGACAGUAACGAGAAAGAUGUAGACUGCAAAGAUGUGGAUGAGUGUGCACAACCGGACGCAUCGACGCUUUGUCCCGAGAACGCGACGUGCGUCAACACCAUCGGCUCGUACAGAUGCGAGUGCGCGCGCGGAUACCAGAUGGGCAAGGACAACCAGUGCGAACAAAUAGACCUCUGUGCGACAGGGCAGCACACGUGCGAUCCAUACCUUGCCGAGUGCUCGCAGACAGGCGGCACCGUGACUUGUCGGUGCAAGAAGUUCUUCACAGGAUCUGGAGAGGUCGACGACUGCACCGCUGAGCCGGGUCAUGAACACCUGGCCUGCUUUCUGCGAGGGCACAAGUGCUCUUCGUACGAACAAUGCGUCCGCAACACAGUUCCGGGAGCAUAUCACUGCGGAUCCAAGGGUAGACUGAAGCAGCUGGCGGUGUUUUUAUCACAAGGGGGAACGUCGGAGACACCCGUAUGGAUAUGGAUAUUGGUCGCUUUGGGCGUCGUCCUUUUGGGCGUCGCCAUACGGGCCACUGUCAAAUGCUUUACGAACAAGAGAAAACGAACGGCUGAGGAAGAGGAAAUCGUCGCUGACAGUGGCAUCACCAAGAGAUGCAGGCUCGUCAUUUACUGA